AUGCAUGUGCGCUACCUGCACCCUCGACGCACCGUCGCCCCUGUGCCUGUCUGGCUAUCACAUCACGGCCAAAAACUCUGCACGCGCUGGCCCGCCCAGCCAGCCCACAGCACUAGCCCACCAUGCGCACUCGGCCCCGGAGCCUCUGUGCCGUCCAUCCUCCCCAACUGUCCAUGGAAUCAUGCGGAGAAGCGGCGCCACAACAAGGCCAUACUGCACCGCUCUGCUCCUGUGCUCCCUGACUCCCUUCCCGCCCUCAUAACCCCCCUCCACCCUCGCCCUCUGUCGACUCGCCCUCUCCGCCUCAGCCAUGGUAAAAGUGUUGAGCCCCAUCUGUGA